GUCCCCGCGAGCCGCCAUUUCCCCCGGCGCAGCGUGUGCGGGGCCGCCGCCCGCGGUGACUUUGCGGCAUGGAGAGCGGAUUCGGCUCCGACUUCGGCUCUGCGGGCGGCGCAGGGGGCAAGCUGGACGCGGGGCUCAUUAUGGAGCAAGUGAAGGUGCAGAUCGCCGUGGCCAACGCGCAGGAGCUCCUGCAGCGCAUGACGGACAAGUGCUUUCGGAAGUGCAUCGGCAAGCCGGGCGGCUCGCUGGACAACUCGGAGCAGAAGUGCAUCGCCAUGUGCAUGGACCGCUACAUGGACGCCUGGAACACAGUUUCCCGAGCCUACAACUCCCGGCUGCAGCGGGAGAGAGCCAACAUGUGAAGCGCCUCGGCUCCUGGACCGGGGAUGGACUUUGCAGGGAAGGGACGAGCGGCCGGUCCGCGCGGUUGGGGACAAAAUCCUGCUGCCUUUCCAGCCCCUGCCGUGGCAGAGCAAUAAACCCUCGCUGAAUCUUUUGCA